CAAAAGCACUUUCUUUCCUGAAUUAAAGUGGUAAAAUUUGGUCUAAAGUGAAUAAGUUAUCAAGGUUGGUUAAAUUGUUUUGACGAAUUACGUCUGUACAAUAAUAUCACUCCGCGGGAAGUGUGCGUGUUGCGGUCGGCUAGCAACUGAUGCCGUAGCCAUAGACACCAAAGCCGCCACCAAUCAACAACAAACAAGACGGAACGAGAGGUAGUGGUGGGCCUGUUGCCAUGACUACGGCACAGCCAGCUUUCAACAUGGCUGCUGCCACCACGGCGACAACAGCUUCAGUAGCAGCCGCAGUCCCUACGCCAUCUUCGGACUUACACCAACAGAACGGAGCAGUAGAGUGCUCGUUGGAUAGUCCAGGUGACUCUUCGAACGGAGGAACAUCCAACGGGAGCUCAGCAGCUCAAGUGACAGCCCAAGUUGUUGUGAGCAGUGGUGGUGAACCAUCUGUGGCCACCCCAGAUAGUGCAGAUCAAACAAACGGCGCAGCCGCCCAGGCAGCUGGCACAACUGCCAUUGUUGGCUCUCCUCAUUAUAUCACUGUAACAGUGUCAGAAUCUGACGCCGUGGGGUCCGACGCGGUGUCCCAAGGAGUACAUCCCACCUACGUUCAGUAUGUAGAAGGCUCAGAACAAGCCAUCUAUGCUGCAACAAAUGGACAGAUGGCUUAUCCUGUGUACACGGUGGGGGAAACCGGCACAAUGUACACCCCCGCCACUGGUCAAUAUUACUCUGGUAACACCACUGCUGUUACAUACAGUCAGGUUGCUAGCAGUUUGGCUCCAGGUGCAGCAACUGGGCAACUUUUGGCACAAGGCAAUGGCACCUACCUCAUCCAACAAGGUGUGGAUCCAGAUCAAGCCCAUACUCUUAUUGCAGCCCAACGCACAAGUCCUCAGACAGUUACUGCUGAUACAAGUGGGGUGACGUAUAUGGUUCCCAGUAAUACUAACCCUUCUUCUAUGGACGGUGACGGGCAUCCCAAUCUAUCGCACGCCACACGGGUGUCACCAGCCACAGUACAGUGGUUACUUGAAAAUUAUGAGACAGCAGAAGGAGUGAGUCUACCUCGCUCCACCUUGUAUAAUCACUAUCUUCGUCAUUGUAAUGAACAUAAACUUGAUCCUGUGAAUGCAGCUUCAUUUGGAAAACUUAUUCGUUCAGUAUUUCUGGGUCUACGCACACGUCGCUUAGGAACAAGAGGUAAUUCAAAGUAUCACUAUUAUGGAAUACGGGUAAAACCUGGCUCCAAUCUAAAUCAACUGUCUGAAGAUGGAACAUCAAUGGCAGUAAGGCAGCAAACAUCCCAAAAACGCUACAAGUUUCUUUCUGGAUCUGGCCAGAAGAAUGUAGAAAACAAUCAAUAUGAGCAAAGCACAAAUAAUUCUGUAACAUCGAAUCAUUCUAAUUCAACUUCCCCACAACACCACCAGUAUUUAGGUGAUGGAGCUGGUGCUAUUCCAGAAUUUCCUGAUAUUGAUUUUUCACCUGGCCUUACUUUGCCUGAAGACUGCACUUUAGAAGAUGUAGAUACAUUGCGAAGUAUUUAUCGAGAACAUUGUGAGGCAUUCCUUGAUGCUGUAGUAAAUUUGGAAUUUCAAACGGUAGAAAGUCUAUGGCGAGAAUUUUGGCGAAGCCAAGACAACAAUAAUGGUGAUGAAUGUGAAGAAGAGAAGUAUUUGUCAAAAACCAAAUUAUAUUUGCUGUGCAAAUGUAGCCCAGUUCAGCAAUUUGUGCGGCGUGUCGACUACCUCUUUUAUCAAAAUUUAGUUGACGUUCUUAUACCUGAUGUCCUUCGGCCAAUUCCUAGCUCAUUGACUCAAUCUAUAAGGAACUUUGCUAAAGGGUUAGAGUCGUGGCUCACUUCAGCCAUGACUGGCUGUCCUGAGGAAAUGGUUCAGAUUAAGGUUUCUGCUGUGAGUGCCUUUGCACAGACUUUACGUCGAUACACUUCUUUAAAUCAUCUUGCACAGGCAGCUAGAGCUGUUCUUCAAAAUUCCUCUCAGAUUUCACAAAUGCUGGUGGACCUAAACCGAGUGGAUUUUCACAAUGUGCAAGAACAAGCUUCCUGGGUGUGUCAGUGUGAUGCUGGGAUGGUUCAAAGACUAGAAGCUGAUUUCAAGGUCACACUUCAGCAGCAAAAUUCUUUGGAGCAGUGGGCGGCUUGGCUGAAGGGUGUGGUCACUCAGGUGUUGAAACCCUAUGAGGGAAAGCCUAAUUUUGCCAAAGCGGCAAGACAGUUCCUGUUAAAGUGGUCUUUUUACAGUUCCAUGGUCAUCAGAGAUUUGACGCUGAGAAGUGCGGCUAGUUUUGGCUCCUUUCACCUGAUCCGUCUUCUGUAUGAUGAAUAUAUGUUCUUCCUUAUUGAGCAUCAAGUAGCUCAUGAAACUGGUGAAACACCAAUUGCUGUCAUGGGAGAGAAAUAUACUAAUAAUCCGUCCAGUGUGAGUGGCUUCCCCUUGCAAGCAGGGCCAUGCAAUGGUGGUGUGUCAUUGGCUAUGGGAGGAACUGUUGCAGUGGGCAACAAAUUAAAUCCUGGAACACUCCUUGUAUCUGGGAAUGAAGUUGGACACCUCACAACUACCAAGCGCCUCAAAAUAAGCUAACAAUAACGCAGUGUUGUUCUAGAACAAAUGAGUGUGUGAAAGCAUCUCGCCAACUGAAUUUUCUGUCGUUAUUCUUUUUCUCUCUUCAUGUCACCAUGUGGUAAUAUUAUUCAACCCUAAGGAGGUGCAAUGAUGGAACUUUACUCUGAAUUUUAUAUUUUGUUAUUUAAUUUGUAAGGAUUAAAAUUUUAGUUACAGGACUUGUUUACAUAAAAAAACGACCUUGAAUUUAAGAGAUUUAAUCAUUGUAACUUUCAUCAUGAACAUAUGUUGGCACAGUCACCAAGCAUUACUUGAAAAGAAACUUCUUGUAUUAUUUCAUCAUAUUAACGUAAGCUCUUGUUAAUUACUUCAACUCAUGAGAAUUCUUCUCUGUUCAAUGAAUAAAGAUGUUCAUUCCCUUCUUCAAUAACUGUUUUAUCAAGCCUGCUAGCGAGUGAUGUAAUGUGAAUGAUUCCUUGUGAAGAUAAAUAUGUAUUUUCAUUUGAAAAAUAGUUUAGUUUUGAUAGGUGCCAGGAGGGUGAAGGACUUUGGAUGAGAUGAAAUAGUUGGUUAUUUUAUUACUCAAUAAUACAUAGUAAAAGUGCAGUGCCAUGAUUCUGUGAAGAAUCUUCUUAUGCUUUCCCAGUUUAACAUCUUCACUGCCAGAAACAUUCAUGAGUAAAUAAGCAAGUCCUUUCAACUGAUCACCACUAGAACCCCUUCGUGUUUACAAUUAAUUCCAUUAUUUGGAUUUUCAUUGAGGCAGAAAAAGUAUCAUGAAAAUUGUGAAAUGAAGUGAUCUAUGUGACAAAUAUCAUUGCAAUUUAUUUCUUCUUUCUUUGGGUUUGUAGGAAUAUUUUAUUGUAUUAGACUCAGAGUAAUAAAAGUGUGUACAUUUGUAUAUAUAAAAUUGUACUAUUGUGUUAUCCCGCAUUCUGCAUUAUGUUUCUGAUUGAAACGUUUAUUUCUGCGAUGCACAUAUUUCUGAUUGAUCAUGAAUAUUAUUUUUAUGUUAAAUUAAUCAGUCAGAAAUAAGAAUGAAACAAGUCAUUUAAUCUCUUAUGUCUCAAGAAAAUAUUGUUAUGAAUAAAUUAUUGUUAUUUUCUUUUAUUGAAGUUAAUGUGCAAUAUUAUAUUAUGUCAUAUUUGUGUACAAUAAGUGUACAUUCUCUAUGAUUUAGUCACUGAAUUUAGAUUACAAAUAUGAAGUACUUGGGUAAUUAUAUUGAUAGAUUUUUGUUUUUAUAAAUCAAAUCCUCUCUUAAGUUCUGUCACCGGUUUCCUGAAUGCUCAUGAAAGUUCUUUAUACCGUGAUAAUUAUUGCACUUUCACUACAGAGAAUAAGUAAUGUGGAAGCAUAAGGAGAAAUGUGUAUCUGAAAUCACCUCUCCCUUUGAACAGUGAUCAAAUUUAACCUGACCAGUCAGCUCCAUGUAGCUGAUUUAGUAUUGAAAUUACUAAAAUAUUUUUGUUCUUAAGUGAAUAUUGAAAAUAAUGUAAAUUGCUGUAAAUUAAUGUGCUUAUAAUUGCACCUGCCCCAGUAUUUUAAACUACAAUGAUUUUAUGUACACUGUAAAUGAACAAUUACUUCCUGCUGCAAUUUUGCUCAAAAGUCCAUCCAUCCAUCCAUUAAAUAUCUUUUGAAUUGUUAAAGAUACAUGUAGGGUGCAAAAUACAUUCCUUGAAAAUAAAUUACAGUACAAUAUAUUAUUAUACAAACAGUUUGACAAAUUGUUGUUGAGCUCUUGGAUUAAGUACAUGCUGUGAUUGCCAUUUGAAGAUAGAAAAGAAUGAUUCCUAAAGAAUGCACACUUUUAAUGUGACAAAAAUGUCACUAUGUGUGACUAUGAUAUGACCCUAUAGAAAUGAGGAAGAGCUUGUAUAUUUGACUGAGACUGAAAUUAAAAUGUCCAGGGAAACAAAUUACAGAUGAGAGAAGAGAAUGUCUAGCGUCUUAAAACAUGCUUCUAUUUGAUCUCAAUUCAUAUUUUUAAUCCUCUGUUGAUAAAAGCAUUGAAUUCCACACUAAUGAUCUGGAUAGUAUGUUAGAAGACGUUCGUCAUUAGGAAAAAACUAGUCAUUAUUUUUGUAAAACAACAGUUACUUGCAAUUCACAAAAUUGGGUCUAUCUCUUUAAUUUGUCUACUUACCAAGAUUGAUGCGGUGACAAACCGGUCUGAAAGAUUUUUAAAGUCUGCAUUCUUGUGGAAACUCCUGAUUUUUUUUGAUGCUGAUUGUGAAUUCUGAAUAGAAUGGCUGUUAGUGCCUGCAUUUGUGUGUGUGUGCAAUUAAAUUCCUAAUAGCAACUUUUUCUCUUCAUGGGAGAGAAAGAUUGUGUUUGCACAUUCUUGUGAAGGGAAAGUAUUACUUUGUUUUGUGAGACAUUUAUCAUUGUGUAUAAAUAUUUUUAACAUGUGUGCCAUAUAUAUAUACAUAAACGUGUGUGUGUUUGGGAGGUUGAUUACCAACUGGUUUAAUAACAACUAAUAUUUGCUAUCUUGUAAACCAGUAUGACAAGCUUUACCAAUCAUUACUGUUUUGGUAAAAUGUUCAUCAAAAUGUAUUGUUAGUUCCAAUGUAAUGUCCUGAAAUUGUGGUAAUGCAUUUGCUUGUACCAGGUGUGUAUUAUCUAGUUAAUUUACUAAUUUUGUUUGAUGGUUGUGAUUGGUGGGUCUGAUUAAUCUGUAUCUUUGACUGUUCAUCAUUUUUUGUGUGUGUUAAAUAUAGAGUGAAGUGAGGAAGUUAUGUGUUUUUUGAUGUACUGCUGAUACUUGUACACGUAAAUGUUCAAUAUUGAUGAAGGCAACUUCCAGUGAGCAGCUGGUAUUUAAUCAAAACACUUAGUGCUUAACAUUUAGUUUUGUUGAUAAUGGGAAGUUUCUAAUUUUAGUCCAUCAAAAUACAACACAAAUUGCACUUCGUUUGUAUUUCAAUAUGCAUUUGAGUGAUCAUGUUUACCUGUAAUUGUUUCUGUAUAUAUCAUAACAUGCAUACAAUGGCCUGGAAGAAGCAAAGAACCAUUUAGUUGCAUGGGAAUUGAUUAUAGUACUGUAACAGACAUCAAAAUGGUUUAGUACAUGUUUCUGUGAAGUCAUUUUUGUACUAUUAUUGGUGGGUAAAAAUUAUAUAUUACUCAUUGCCAAGAAAUACAUUAAGUUCGUGUAUUAAGUGCUACACUAGCAUCUAGUAAUGGUUUCUUAGAACCUUAUAUGAAGUUAUAAACUAGUCAUGAACUGUUUAAUGAUUAUCAUUUUGUAUAUACUUGUAUAUAAUUGUGUAUGCGUAUAUAUGGUAUAUUUUAUGUACUGUGAGUACACGUAUGUGUGAAUGGAAAAGAUUUGCUGUUCAAAAUUAUUUUAGUAAGUUAUUUUUAAGCACAUAUGUUGUGAAAUAUUUAAUUUUCUCUCAUUGAAAUGAGUGCUCCUUAGUGCACUUUGCUUCUUCCAUUCGGGUUAUAUGGGCAGUCUUUGUAUUGUUUGAGAGGAAGACUUGACUUAUUCUACUUGCCGUUGGCCAUAAUUGUGUGUGCCAUACUGACAUAUCAAGGGGAAAAAAAGAGUAUUGUCAAACAUCUGUGUCAAAAACAGUUGAGUAAGAUCUGUUGUUUGGCACUCUUUAAAUACUUUGCUUUUAAAAAAUGCCUUGAAAGAAAAAUGUUAUUUUCUUCAUUAUUGUGGUUUCCAUGUGUGAACAGGCAUUGUAUUUGAACAAUGGUAGUGCUGUUUUGUACACUUGUUUGGUACAGUGGAAUGUAAACAAUUAACCACAUAAGCAAA